UUCGGUCGGUUCGUGAGUCCAGCAGCAACACACCACAGAACCGAUUCCAGAAGAAAAUCCAGUAAAACCCCAACAGACCAAACAUGAGUGUAGAAUAAUCAAACAGGAUGAUGAUGUAGAAGCAGCAGUGAUAGUUUGUGGCUCAUUUUAAACAAUAAAAGACGAAACAAAAAGAAAAGACGUUUGAUAAAAGAUGGCGGAGCAGCCACUCUAUUUGCUGCUCUAUGAUUUGGAGGUGAGUUAUGUUUGUUCAUAGUUAACAUUUUAACUGAAUAAUCAUAACCACAUAUCAUAAACAUAUCUAAAAAUGACAUUUACAUAUAGUAAUAAACAUUUCCACACAUCACCUCCGAUGUCUCAGUUGCCAUGACAACUGUCUGGGAUCCCCUCCGUUCUGACGUCACCGCUUUCUGAUUGGCUACCUGUCACAUUCAACAGGCUGCGUUUCGCUCCCAGUCAGUAAAAACCCCACAGGCUGCGAUAAUCGGGCCGAGACAAAGUUGAAUAUGAACGAUUUUAGAUCGGCCAUAUUCAACACAUCACCACGUUACACAGCACUCACUGCAGGAUGCUGGAAGAUUGUCAUAAAGGGAAAAUCGGGGCAAUAAAACAAAAAGGCUUUAGUGGGAACACCAACAUGCAGAAGCAUUUCCCCCCCAAACCCCCGGCUGCAGCAAAAUUGCCAAGUCUUGACCGGUCCGCGGUAAUUAAAGGUUGGAGACCACUGGUUUAGAGGAAUGAACGCUUUGCUCCUUUCUGUAGGUUUUAAAACAUGUUUUAUAGUUUGAUUGUUUAGGAAAUGCGCCAGAACCAGAAUAAAUCUAUAAAUGUCUGCUUGACUUUUCAGAGUUUUAUUUUGGAAGGCGUGCGUCAUGUUCCUCCCACGUCACAGCCGGGCGCUGCUCCGGUUUGAAGGGGUCAGAGUUCACGCAGAGGCUGGACGUGGGCAGACUGACCUCUGGUAGGACGCCCUGCCCCAGGAGCGGAGCGGCUGCAGGAUGAAGGCGCUGCGGGUCGGACUCACCCUGGUUCGGCACGGAGAGACAGAGUACAACAAGGCAGGACUGUUACAAGGCCAGGCCGUGGACUCCUCCCUGUCAGCAGCGGGUCAGCAGCAGGCCGCGGCUGCAGGCUCUUACCUCAGAGACGUUGGCUUCAGCAACGUGUUCAGCAGCGACAUGCGGCGCGCCCGGCAGACUGCUGAGAAGAUCAUGCAGCAGAACAGCAGCUGUCUGCGGCUCCAGAUGGUGUGUGACCCUUUGCUAAAAGAGAAAAGUUUUGGGGUCGCAGAAGGCGGACGGGUUGAGGACCUCAGAGACAUGGCCAGGGCGGCGGGGGAACCGUUCCCGGAUUUCACCCCUCCGGAGGGCGAGACUCCAGAUCAGGUGAAGCUGCGGGUCCAGCAGUUCAUUGAGAAAAUGCUGCAGCAGAUCGGGGCAGAGCACUGGCCUGCAGGGGGCGCUGAUGUCUCCUCUGCUGAGGGGGGGCCUGAUGACGACAUAGGUGCCCUCCACGCCCACGCGCUGGUUGUCUCCCACGGCGCCUACAUGUGCGUGGCGGUGCGUUACUUCGUGGAGGAACUGCGAUGCAGCGCCCCUGCAGGCUGCGACAGGAAGCGCAUGUUCUCGCUGAGCCCCAACGCGGGGAUCUGCAGGUUCAACCUGACGGUGGCCCGGCAGGGGGCGCGCUUUGUGGUGUCAGGCAUGCGCUGUGUGUUCAUUCACAGCGUGGGGGGGGGGGGGGGGGGGGCAAAGCAGGAUGAAUAA